AUGUUCGAUACCAGAAGAAACGAGGAGGAGCACCCUGCUUGUCCAUCGCUCUCGACUGUUCGUUCGGAUGAGAGCCAGGGACAUAACGAUACAGUACCAAUUACGCGAACAGAAACGGUUGUCGUCAAAACUAGAGGUUCAAACUCCCUUGGGCGCAAGAACUCAGCCAAGCCUAAAGUCUUAACCCGCUCAGAAACGCUAUCAUCUAAACCUGCCCUGACCCGCGUACCUUCUAUCCAAACGCGAUACAUGGAGAUGUUGUUGCACCUAGACCAGAUCCCUCGUCUGGACAACAUCUUGGCCAGCCUCUUCACCUGGAUUCUACUGGCUGGCUUUCUUGUCGUCCCCGGUACCUUUACAACUUUCAAGCAGUCAAAGGCGUUCCAAAACGCUGACAACGAUGACAACAACGAGGUGGCCCACGCAAUUGUCCAUUCGAUCGCCAACAUUGGUUUACUGUGGCUUGCUGGUGCUUUUUGUGCCGUUGGAUCGCUAGGGUGCCUCUGGCUGUGGCUUCGGUGGCGCAAGAACUACGUCUGGCUGAUAAACCGCAUCUUUCUACCAGUCACGAUGAACUCUAUUGCCGGCUUACUAACCACUCUCGUCAACGUCUAUACGGCUCAGCAUGGGGUGUGGAGUGUGACAGCAAAAAUCACGGCUAUCGUGACAGGAUCUUGCGUCGGGGUUGCAGGCCUCCUUUUCGCGUGCUACAAUUUCUGGAUGUUGCGUAAAGUGCAGAAGGCACAUGAGAGAGAAAUGGGCCUUGACGUUCAGCACCAGGACGAGACACUGGUUGAGAAGGUGAAAAGAAAGGCACAUGAGCCUCCGUUGCAGUCCGGCAGUGUGGUUUGA